AUGUAUCCUUACUACUCCAAGCUAGACAACCCAUACGCGCACGGGCCCCCUCCGGGACCGUACGGCGCGGGCCCUCCGCCGCCGCCGUACGGCAUGCCCCCCCCGGCGGCGGCUCGGUAUCCGACGGACUACCGGAGGCAGCAGCAGCAGCGGACGGUGGGGGCGGGGGCGUGCUGCCUGCGGUGCUGCUGCUGCUGCGGCUGCUUCAUGAUCCUGCUGGGCAUCACCAUCAGCCUGCUGGUGAUGUCGCUCUUCAACAUCUACGACCCCAAGAUCCCCGAGUACCUGAUCGAGAAGCUGGACGUGAGGACCCUGGAGGUGCUCCCGGACUCGACUCUGAACGCGGGGAUCCUGCUGAGCAUCCGGGUGGACAACCCGAACAAGAGGAUCGGGUUCAAGUACGGGGGGGACAGCUCCAUCGAGGUGCUGUACGAGAAGCAGGUGGUGUGCGGGGCCAGGCUGCCGGCGUUCCACCAGGGCCACGAGAACGCCACGGAGCUCAGCGUCUGGCUGGCGGGCCGGACGCCGUUCAGCCCCGACCUGCAGAGGGAGCUGGCGGAGGACAGCGCGGCCCAGCUGGUCCCGGUGGACGUGGACGUGCGGGUGCCGGUGAGCAUCGUGGUCGGGGAGGCCGUGACGCUGCGGGAGUUCAAGAUAUACGUCUACUGCCACAUCACGCUCGACCACCUCUCCCCCAACCAUACCGCCAGGAUCCUCUCCAAGGACACCAAGUUCAGAUUUGAGCUCUGA